GGAGGGGUUGAGGUGGUGGCCCACAUGAUAAUGCUCUUCAGAUGAAGCCUCCACACCUGGAUCCCCCGAAGCUUCUUGCUAAAAUCAAACCAAAUGAAUUUUGACCAUAAACAUGAUUAAUUCUUCUAUCUUCGCUGCUGAAGCUCGUGUUGCGUUUGGAGCUGCCUCGUUUUUGCCAGUUUUCUCCACAUCUGGCCUCUAAUAGUGGUCGGUCUGAAACCACUUCCUUUUAUUGUCAUUGUCAUAGUUUUAUUUGGCGUUUUUACGUUUUUAACACGUGACACUUAACUUCACUGCAGCUUCUUCUGCAUGUCCUGUACACUCUGUAGCGUUUAGUGAGAUAAGGUCAGACGUUUCUAAUAAUAAUGAUUCCUCUGGGGCAGACUAGCUGGGAGAUCCUAUUUGAAAAAUGCCGUUUUUACUUGAAAAUUUCUGUUCUAGAAACAGGAAAUCAACAUGUCGUUUGUCAGAUUGAGAUUCUUGUAGGUAAGCACUGACUCCUUCAUUAGCUGAAAGAAGAAACUAAUUCCUGUUCAAACAUUUCUACAAAUAAACAUUAUAGGGUUUUUUUAGAUUCAAAUAGGUUUAUUCGGUCAAUUAUUUUACACAUAUUAUUUUCCUGUAAUUUUGUUUUAAAAAGAAGAAAUAAACACGUGACAUUAAUUUUAAAAUGAAAUUCUAGUUUGUUUGUGUUUAAAAAUAAAUCCUUGUUUAAUGUAAACGGUCCCCUCCUCCUAGCCUGUCACUGAUCACUGCCACGCCCCCAACACACACUUUGAUUCAGACCAACUUAAACUGAGGUUUCAGAAUUUUUCUAAAUAAAAGCCGCAGCUGCAGAUGAUUUUCAGAUCGUUUAAUCACGCCCCACGACAAAAACAACUAACUAUUACAUCAGAAGUAAAAGAUUAUUAUUUGAGUGUAUGCAAAUUUGCAGCUUCUUUAAAGAUGGAGAACAAAAGCAACGUGUUUCAUACAGAAGUGGUCCUUCUCAUGCCGGCAUCGAGUUUAUUUCAUAAAUUAUUGUAUUUUUAUUUAAGAGUGACAGCUCUUUGUUGGUGAAUAGUAAAUCAGCGGUGAUGGUGGGAGAGGGAGGUAGAGAGACAGCCAGUCAGUGAGAGGUGAGAGAGGGGGGAGUGAGGGAGAGGAACUCCUCCUACCAAAUUGUUCAGACUGGGCCGGCUCUGCUCUUCACAAAUAGGACACGGUUCUGAAAUCCAGGCAGUCCCAACCUGACCUCCAAGCACCGAGGAACCCUCCCUGUCUGGGAAACAAGGGAGAGAGAGAGAAGAGAGAGUGAGUAAGAGAGAAAGAGAGAGAGAACAACAACAAAAAAAGAAGAAACACAAAAACUUUGUGUCAUUAUUUUUGGAGAGCGCUCGCACUGACGCACCCUCCCUCACCCCUCUCCAUCCUACAGUCACACCGUUUUUGUCGCAUCAUUUGGACUAUUUACUUUUGAUUUUUGAUUUUUUUUUUCUUCUUUUCUUUUUGCCCUCCCUGGAGGAGAGACAAUCCCGGGCAGCAGGAAGGAGUUGGUGCAGCACCACCACCUCUCCUCCUGUCCCACCCAUGCUGUAGUCUGCGUGGAGGAGGUGGUCUGACUCUCCUGCUUCUGUUCCUGUGCGCCUCUUGUUGCCAGAGCCCACUCGGAUGCGCUGAGAGCUGCGCCGCACGUAUAUGGAAGUGGUGAGCUGCAAGACUGAGGCAGGCAGUUGCACGUUGUGUCCAGGACCGGGAGCCAUGCUUUUCCACGGGAUCUCCGGGGAUCACAUCCAAGGAAUCAUGGAGGAGAUGGAGAGGAGGUCGAAAACGGAGUCGCGCCUGGCGAAGGGCAUGCAGCUGAACGGGAGAGAGUCGACCAUGCCCUCCAUGAGCCCGGAGAAGCCCGCCCUGUGUGCCGGCUGUGGGGGGAAGAUUUCGGACAGAUAUUACCUCCUGGCCGUGGACAAACAGUGGCACCUACGGUGCCUGAAAUGCUGUGAAUGUAAACUAGCGCUGGAGUCGGAGCUAACGUGUUUUGCUAAGGAUGGAAGUAUUUAUUGCAAGGAAGAUUACUACAGGUUCUCCGUGCAGAGGUGCGCGCGCUGCCACCUCGGGAUUUCGGCCUCAGAGAUGGUGAUGCGAGCGCGCGACUCCGUGUACCAUCUGAGUUGCUUCACGUGCACCACCUGCAACAAGACCCUGACGACUGGCGACCACUUCGGCAUGAAGGACAGCCUGGUGUAUUGUCGGCUCCACUUCGAGACGCUGGUGCAGGGCCCGGACUACCACCCGCAACUCAACUUCGCCGAGCUCGCCGCCAAGGGCGGCGGCCUCGCGCUGCCGUACUUCAACGGAGCCGGCACGGCACAGAAGGGAAGGCCGCGCAAGCGAAAGAGCCCGGCCAUGGGGAUGGAUAUACCCAGCUACAACACAGGCUGCAACGAGAACGACACUGACCACUUGGAUCGAGACCAGCAGGCCUACCCUCCAACACAGAAAACCAAACGAAUGCGGACCUCCUUUAAGCACCAUCAGCUGCGGACAAUGAAAUCCUACUUUGCCAUCAACCACAACCCGGACGCCAAGGACUUAAAGCAGCUGGCCCAGAAAACGGGCCUCACUAAGAGAGUUCUACAGGUUUGGUUCCAAAACGCAAGAGCCAAAUUCAGAAGGAACGUUUUGCGACAGGAGAAUGGAGGUGUUGAUAAGGCUGAUGGCACCUCACUCCCUCCGCCCUCAUCCGACAGUGGGGCCCUGACCCCCCCCUCCAGCGCAGCCACACUAACAGACCUGACAAACCCCUCUAUCACUGUAGUGACCUCCGUCACGUCUAGUUUGGACAGCCAUGAUUCGGGGAGCCCUUCACAAACUACCUUGACAAACCUUUUCUAACAAGCCCUCAGAUUGUCGUUUGAACUGAAAUAUUUUUGUUUUGUUUUUCUGAUUUUUCUUUUUAGUUUUUUUCUCAAUUUACAUUUUAUUUUUUUAAAUGACACCUUUAAAAACCAACCAGAGACUUGGGGGGGAAAGAGAAGGUGCUGUACUUCAGUACAAGAACAACAAGAGCACCAACAGCAGCGACCACUUUAAAACACAAGGAAUUCACUAGAACCAGUAGCAUUUCGAAACUGCGUUGCAUAUGCAGAGACCUAUUUUGGAUUCUUGGACAUUCUUGGAGUUAAAGGAAUUAGGAUAUUGUCUCGGAUGUCUCGACUCAACUGGGGAAAAAUUAGUUUAAAGAUUGUCUAGAAAACGAUUUGACUGAUUUGACUUUAUUUGUACAUUUGUAUUGAAAUAUCCUUAACUGAUGGAAAAUUGGUAAAAAUUAAAACAGUUACACCAGAAGUAUGUAUAUGUAUGCACUGUGUUCGCACUACCUGAUUUAAAGUUAUUUUCUGUUCUGUUUUGGAAUAAUUGGAAAACAAACACGUAGAAUGUUCUGUAUAUGGGUAACUCCAGAAAACAGGCUUUGAUUAUUUCUGAAUGUUUCAUGAAAUCAGACAUUCUCACAUAUCUAAUGGUUGAGCACCUGUUAGGCCAUUUCAGAUAGAACAUGUGAACACACACACACACACACACACACACACACACACACACACACACACACACACACACACACACACACACACACACACACACACACACACACACACACACACACACGCACACACACACACACACACACACACACACACACACACACACACACACACACACACACACACACACACACACACGC